AUGCCACCUCACUUGUGUCCCACCAACACCUCGCUCUCAGAGCUGCACCUGACGGGCAUCCCAGGGCUGCAGCACCUGCACCUCUGGAUCUCCAUCCCCUUCUGCCUCUUGUACCUCAUCACGCUGGCUGGGAACAGCACUCUUCUCUGCGUGAUAAAGGCUGAUCCCACCCUGCGUCUGCCCAUGUUCUUCUUCCUGUCCAUGCUGUCUGUCAUUGACCUGGUUAUGUCCACUUCCAUCACCCCAAACAUGCUGAACAUCUUCUGGUUUCACUCCACUGCCAUCAGCCUGGAUGCUUGUCUUACCCAGAUGUACUUUGUCCAUGCUUCCUCUGCGAUAGAGUCAGGGGUGCUGGUGGCGAUGGCCUUGGACCGCUAUGUGGCUGUUUGCAACCCCUUGCGGUACUUGUCCAUCUUGACCAGACCCGUUGUGGCUGCCCUUGGCUUGGCCACCUUGCUCAGGGGUGUGGUGUUCAUGAGCCCACUCACCUUCCAGAUUCGCCGCCUGCCUCUCUGCAGCCCAGCCGUGGUGAACCACUCCUACUGCGAGCACAUGGCUGUGCUCAAGCUGUCCUGCAGGGACACAGAUUUCAGCAACACCUACAGCCUCUCUGUGUCAACCUACGUGGGGACCUUCGACUCACUGCUCAUUGUCCUCUCCUACGCAUUCAUCCUCCGAGCUGUGCUUGGCCUCUCCUCCUCACAAGCCCGCAAGAAAGCCUUCAGCACCUGCAGCUCACAUCUCUGCAUCAUGUCCCUCUUCUACAUCCCAGGACUGCUCUCCAUGUACAUUCAGAGGUACCACCUGGAGCUCCCACCCCAUGUCCCGGUCCUGUUGGCUAACCUCUACCUCCUCAUCCCACCAGCAUUCAACCCCCUGAUCUAUGGCAUCAGGACAAAGCAGAUACGUGAUGCAGCACGUAGGGUGAUCUACUGGAGGAGACCCAUGGUGGGAGGGAUUGAGCCUGGACUUCAGAGAACAGGGCUGGGAUUCGUGAAGACAAAGUCCAUUCCCAGAAUGGCCAAAACCUCUGAUGGACCUUGGUGUGGCUCUCAGGGUGCAUUCAGAGCUGCAGAUGCCCCAGGAAAUGUUGGUGGCCACUGA